GGUUAGUAAGGCGCUUGCAGCCGAUCAGUGAUUGGACAAACGAGUUGUCAAUCAUACAGCCGUAGAACCCCAGCAAACAGUGGCCAGUUCUGGGGCGGGACUUGUCGAAAUACGGGUGGGAAGAAAAAAUAACGCGUGCAAGACACUUGAUUACUCAUUCCGUCCAGGUACAGCGGAUGCCGGCCGACCAAAGGCGCUCCGCUUCUGCUAUUCUUGUAUGUGUGUGUGCGAGCACACUCCGUGCCAGUUUAUCGGACCCGUUCAUUUAGAGCAACAUUACAAUUGCAUCAGCUGCGUUUUCAUCAAAGGCUUUGCUUCAUAGGGAAUUAUUGGAGUUACUGGGGUAAUUACACCAUCUUUGCACUUCUGUGGCAAUCAUCAGAUGUUUUUCACGAUUUGGUGCAAUCAGACGAUUAAUCGGGCGCAGUCGUGCAGAGAAAUGAUGCAUUGAGGACGGGCUGCUGUGCGGUCAUAUCUUCCGAGCUCCAUUACGCGCAUCUCGAUCGGGAGAACUGUAAAUAUUUCGUGCAGAAAAACGCAAUGGCGACUCUUUUGCGCAAAAUCGGCCUCAUUCGCCUGCACGACCGCGACACGGAGGACCCGAAGCAUCACCACCAGGGCUCGCUGAAAGGGACUAAAGGGAGUCAGAAAAACAACACGAAGCACUGCAACGCCAGCAACGAGACCAACAACAUCCUCAGCACGCCAGAAAUCAAAGCCAAGCGCUUCGACGUGUCCGGUAAGGACAAGGCGGUCGCCAAACAGGACAAACCGAGCAAGGACGCGAAGGAGAAACAGCAAACGGGGGGUAGCAAAUCGACGAGCGCAUCCGUGAUGCCUCCGCUCGCGGCGAACCGACAGCACUGCACCCAGGUGCGGACGCGGAGGCUGAUGAAGGAGCUGCAGGAGAUCCGGCGGCUAGGUGAUAACUUUAUAACGGUGGAGCUGGCGGACGAUAACCUCUUUGACUGGAACGUCAAGCUGCACCAGGUGGACAAGGACUCGGCGCUGUGGCAGGACAUGAAGGAGACCAACACCGAGUACAUACUGCUGAAUGUCACCUUCCCCGACAAUUUCCCUUUCUCUCCGCCGUUCAUGCGCGUCCUGACGCCGCGGCUGGAGAACGGAUACGUGCUGGACGGCGGCGCGAUCUGCAUGGAGUUAUUAACGCCCCGCGGCUGGUCGAGCGCUUACACCGUCGAGGCCGUGAUGAGGCAGUUCGCUGCCAGUCUGGUCAAAGGACAGGGCCGCAUCUGCAGGAAAGCAGGCAAGUCUAAGAAGGCCUUUAGUCGCAAGGAAGCCGAGGCGACCUUCAAGAGCCUUGUGAAGACCCACGAGAAGUACGGCUGGGUUUCCCCGCCCGUGUCUGACGGCUGAUGUCAGCACCUUCCCCGGCGAUCCUGACAUGGCUUUUUUUAGUUGGGUUAUCUUCUUUCUUCAUCAUCAAACUUAACCAUGCGAACAAAACAAAUGCUACCGCGUCAUAUCUCGCACAUCUCGGAACAUUCACAGUCCCGUCGCCGUUCUUCACACUUCAUCAAGGUGCCAUGGACACUGGCUGUGACAUCACAAUUGCUGGCUGUGACAUCACAAUUACUCAUUAGCGGGCAUCAUUACGGCUACACGCAGCUGAGGAAUUUGGAACGACGCUCCAAGCAAAGUGAAAUGUGCGCCAAUUCCACAACCAUACUGUCUACCUGUCUGUAUGUUUCCUUCUCUUUCUUCUUCCCCGUCCCGGCCAUCUUUUUUUCCUUUAAUAGCUGACAAUGCAUCGCACUGAACAGCGUCAGACUUGCCCCCAUUUACAUGCAAAUGACUCUGUUAAUACUUAAUAGAUAGGCAGAUCAUUAAAGUACAUUCAAGGUUCCGUUGUUCUCGUUUCCUCCUCUUUGGCUGUGUUGUUUUUCACGGUUGGAUGCAACAUGAUGAUUGUAAUUUAUGUAGAGCUGUGCUCUUCUCUUUCUCUCUAUUACUCUAUGCGCGUGGCAAAAUGUAGACAUCACUGUGUUGCGUAGAUGGUCAUCGAUUUCCAAUGGAGAAAAAACUACUGUUGUUGCUUACGCAGAGGUCCGAGAUAAAAAAAAUGUGGUAGUGAUCCGCCUCUGUUGGUCGUUCUAUUUUUUGUUUUCGGGAGAAGACCAAAAGCUCUUAGUUCUGAUGAUUUAGAUACCAGAUGGCGAAUGUCGACGUCCCAAUGGGAUAUUCAUGUACUGGCGAGAGAGUCACGGUUAGCAUGUGACAUGUACGGCGAUGUUUGCACACGGGGUUAAUAUGAAAUCUUUUAUUCGUCCCCGUGGGGCACUAAACCUCGAAACAAAGCCGAAAAUGAGCGGACUGAGCUCUUUGUAAGCGCCAGCAUAAGGACAUUGCUGUAACUUGGCAGGCUGAAUGUCACAGCGGAUGGCCUGAGGGCCUGAACCUACCAAACGUCCACACAAACUCAAAUGUGUUGAUUUACUUCAAUACUAUAUCGGGUCAAAAAUCGAUUUGUGGGAUGAUUUUUCAAACCUUGCUCCGACUUUGCAUGAGUGCUAUUGUGCGUUUAAAGAACACUGGAAACAGUGGUCAUAAAAUGGCAGACAAAACCAUGAUGAGAUCGUCUCGACUGCGUUCUGAGAAAAUGGACUCUCGAGCGGGUCAGUGCGUACCUGGUACAGACACUGUCAAUAAAAGCCAGAAGACAGACAGACAGAGAAAUAGCGAGAGAAACGAGGAGGGUUCUUUGUUCAGCAGCCUUGAGGUAUGAGGACGGCCCGUUUAGUCACAUGAUUGAUGUUCUGAGAGCCGCACCCCGAUGCCUUGAUGUUUAUUGACUUCUCCUUCAAAUGUCAGCGUGAAUCUGGAACAGCGCAUCUUGAGACCGUAGAGAUAUAGGAGCUCUGUUGAUUUUAGACUCCACCUAUGGUGCUUUCCAUGCUAUAUAAAUGAUUGGAUAGAUCGAGAGGGAAGAUCAUGUUUUAACAUAAUAGUUGAAACAACUGAAGAACGUCUUAUUGUUUACCGACCCUCAUGGCGUUCUAAUUCCAUAUGAUUUUCUGUCUUCGAUAGAACACAAAAAAAAGUAACAAACGAAAACAUAUGAAAAUUGAAAGCAAAUGGGGUUGGGGAUGUCAAGCUAAAUAUUAGCGUUAGCAUCUCCUUUUGGAACAACAUCAGGGCGAGUAAAUAAUUAUUCGAUUUCAUUUUUCUUCUUGAACUUGAAUAAGUAAGAUGUGUUUGAUGCCGUAACGUGUGAUAUUUUGAAGGUCAGCUCCAGACAUGAAACAGCUCGUGCCAAAAGCUUAAAGUACUUGUCACCAUUUCCUUGUGUGCUUUUCUGUGUAGCUGUUUUUGCUGUAGGACAACUCCGAUCUUUUCAACCUUUGUCACAAGACGCUGCUAAUAAAUAUAUGGAAUUCGAAUAAUGAAACAAGAAGAUGCUCAUGUAUACAAUAGUAUAAAAUAGCAUCUGUGAGGGUUCUAAAGCAGGAAAUAGUAAAAACUGAAUUUAGACUGACUUAUUAGCUGUAUAUGUGUUUAUGAUAAUAAAGUUGUCAAAUCCCGAAAUUGUGCUUAAAAGGCAGUCUGGUUUUAUUCCGGUCAUCACCAACCAGAAAAUAUUGUGUUUGUGUUAUUGCCGCAAAUGCAACGCGCUAGAUGUGGUGGCUUCAUGCAACUUCGGUGUCUGGUUGCAGACGGUAUCUUGUGUCACUAAUGAAGAGCGUUUGGUCUUCCCCAGAGUCUGUUUGGACAUUAUUGAAAAGUGGUUUUGUGUUUUCCUAUUUAGCGAGAGGAGAUACUAUACCAAGAACUUAUUAUUAUAACCAGUCAAAAAUAUCUCGAAAUUGGAUGUUUUGCGGUUAAGGGAGCAUCAUUUUGUGAUAUAGUUUAGAUCUGUAGUUCGCAGAAACAAACUAACAGAGUUAAUCGUCAAAACGAGUGAGAUGAUUCUGUUGUAUUAUAUCUGCAUGUGGUCUGUGAUUGUUAGCUAGCUAACUUGUUUUCUUUUUCUUUGGUUUUUCACCAAAAAAAAUGAAAGUAACUAAAAAGCGCAGAAUAUGCUUCUUUGUGUUUUCUUUCUGUUCGUCUGAAUUUUCUUUAUUACUGUCCUGAAAUGUCAAAUUGUAUUUUAUGAAUGUGUUUUAAUUUAUUUGUAGUUUGCCAAAAUGACGAUUUUGAAGCAUGUUGCAGGCGUUGUCACUGAUGAUAAAAGAGAAAGAAAAUAAAUUAAAAAUAUAAUAUAUGUACCUGAAUGGAAAGGAGUCUGGUAUAUGUAGUGUCCUCAGGCUUUCACGGGGUGAAAGGUGAAACUACGGGACAAUGUGUUUUCUGCACUGCAUAAACAUCAUGCCAGGAUGUGGUGAGAGCAAAACCAAACAGGAAUGUGCAAUAAAAGCUGUAGGCUGAUUCCACCCUGCAGAAAGA